UGAAGCUGUGUGGCUCCAGAGGGACUAUUGCAGUGUGUGGAGAAGUUGUGAUGGCCAUGGAGAGUCCUGAGACAGACAGGCGAUCGCACAGAGCGGAGCGCGCCUCUGUGCUGGCCGCGCUGCUGAGCCUGCUGUGCGCCGGGACGCACGGAGCUGCCGUCCUCUCCUGGACCAGCGAGGAAGAACCUUACACCACUUCCCUGCUCAUCGGGAUCCGCAAAGAGGCCCGCUCCCAGGUGCUCCAUCUGUCUCGGAACAAGCGCUACACCCUGACGCCCGAGCAGCUCAAGUGGGACAAGUUCAAGCUCACAUACAAGCUGCUCUCCUUCCCCACAAACCUGAUCAAUGCCAGCGACACGCGCCGGGGCAUCGCCAGAGCGUUUGGCAUGUGGAGUGACGUGUCCCCCUUCACCUUCAGGGAGGUGCCCGCCGACCAGGAGGCAGACAUUAAGAUCGGCUUCUACCCGGUGAACCACACAGACUGUCUGCAGUCCUACCUGCACCACUGCUUUGACGGCAUCACCGGAGAACUGGCACACGCCUUCUUCCCACCCACUGGAGAGAUCCACUUUGACGACCACGAGUACUGGAUCCUAGGAAAUAUGCGUUUCAGCUGGAAAAAAGGGGUGUGGUUGACUGACCUGGUCCAUGUAGCAACUCAUGAGAUCGGACACGCCCUGGGCCUCAUGCACUCCAUGGACCCCAAAGCCAUUAUGCACCUGAACGCCACUCUGACGGGGCGCAAACUCAUCACCCAGGACGAGGUGUGGGGCCUGCAUCGCCUCUAUGGAUGCCUGGACCGUUUAUUCAUCUGCGAGGCCUGGGCUAAGAAAGGCUACUGUGACAGCAAGCGCAGGCUCAUGCAGAAGCACUGCCCCUCCAGCUGUGAUUUCUGUUAUGAAUUCCCUUUCCCGACGGUGGCUCCGACUCCGACUCCUCCCAGGACCAAACACAAACUGGUGGCGGAGGGGAAGAAGCUGACAUUCCGCUGUGGGAAGAAAAUAGCAUCAAAGAAAGGCAAAGUACACUGGUACAAGGACGGGGAGCUGCUGGAGUAUUCCCAUCCCAACUACAUCUCCCUGGAGGACGAUCACAUCACCAUUGUGGCCAACGCCAUCAACGAGGGCCUGUACACGUGUGUGGUACGCAAGAAGAGCCGAGUCCUCACCACAUACUCCUGGAGGGUCCGAGUGCGCUUCUGA